UUUAUAGCAGGUAUUUUGUGUUUGCAGCUUAGUAAGAACUAAGAAGAAAUGGGUCGUCUACUUCAGUAUGUUAAAGAUGAUGGUAAUGGCAAUUUGGUGUUUAGCGACUUCCCAGAUAAUUCACGUUCAGAUGGCUUCAACAAUAUUGAAGACCAAUUCUCUUCCUCGAUGAAAUGGGCAGUGAUCGGCUCUGUUGCAAUUUAUAUAUAUCUUACAGUUUCUGGCCUGAUUGGGACUGUUGCGAUCAUAAUGAUUGUAUACGCCAUUAUUGACUGCUUAAAGAAGUGUGGAAGUGCUGUUCCAGCUUAUGCAAAGAUAGCAACCAGCGAUACUAAAAUAGAAGAAGCAUCAAACCAAAAACUUUCAUCACCAAAUAAAGAAGAAAUUGCGAAACCAGAAAUCCCAGUAAUAUUAUCAAACUCAGAAGCGGAAUAUGCAACUAUAGAGAGGUUUCUCAGCAAAAUGGCAAGAGAAAAGCCUGUCAGAUUCUCGAGUGCGCAACUCGAGGAAUUCACCGAUAACUUUGCCACUGUAUUGGGUUCGGGCGGUUUCGGUGUUGUUUUCAAAGGGGUUCUCCCAAUUAAUGGAGUUCAUUUGGCUGUAAAAAUGCUCAACAACAAUUGGGACAAAAGAGUUGAAGAGCAGUUUAUGGCUGAAGUUGCCACUUUGGGAAGAACUUACCACAUAAACUUAGUCAAACUCUACGGAUUCUGUUUCGACCCUUCGACGAAAGCUCUUGUUUACGAGUACAUGGAGAAUGGCUCUCUUGACAAAAUCUUGUUUGAUGAGAGCAGGGAAAUUGAGUGGGAGAAGCUUCAUGACAUUGCGGUACAAACAGGGAAAGGGAUAGCUUAUUUGCAUGAAGGGUGUGAAAGGAAGAUCAUACACUAUGACAUAAAGCCCGGGAAUGUACUUCUUGACAAGAACCUCAAUCCAAAGGUAGCGGAUUUCGGGUUGGCAAAGCUUUGCAACAGCGAAGGCAGUCAAAGAACUCUCAUGGUGGAUGGAAGAGGGACGCCAGGGUAUGCUGCGCCCGAGAUGUGGAAGCCUUAUCCUGUGACUCACAAGUGCGAUGUGUAUAGUUUUGGAAUUCUUCUCUUCGAGAUCGUGGGAAGGAGGCGGCAUUUCGAUGAGGGUUUAAGCGAAUCGAGACAGUGGCUUCCGAAAUGGGCUUGGGAAAUGUAUGAACACAUGGAACUAAAAGUUAUGCUUUCUCUUUGUGGGGUUGAGGAGAGAAACAGAGAAAAAGCAGAGAGGAUGUUGAUCGUAGCUCUGUGGUGCAUUCAAAACUCGCCGGAGGAAAGACCUUCGAUGAGCAAUGUGGUUCAGAUGCUAGAGGGAAGCAAGGAAGUUAAUCCACCACCAUGUCCUUUCGAUCACCGGCCAUCUCCUGGCUCCAUGUUUAGCGCGGCACGGGGUGGAAACGACCGUGAGAGCUCUGACACAUACUCAUCAAGCAAGACGAGUUUCGGAAAAAUUCAUUCCAAUCAUGUGCAGAAUACAUUUGAAAUCGAGUUAGCUUCAGAAUAGUAAAAACGUUCUCUAUGUUAAAACUCGUGUUUGUUUGGUUCUAUUAAGAUUAAGG